AUGAAUUCUUUAUUUCUAACACUAUUCUCAUUGAUUUAAGCCUAUUAGUAUUACUCAUACCAGGAAAUCGUAGACACCUUCAAAAAACUAGAAAUAGAUCACACUGAUGUCUUUAGACUCUACUAUCCAACCAAGGAUCUAGAUAAUCUGAGAUAUCUGGAUUGCGGAGAUGAAGAAUGCCAAUUUUUUUAUGCAGAAUUUGCUUAGAAUCCUAAUGCCGCUGAUUUGCCAACAGUCUUAAUAGCUGCUGGCUUUCAUGGAGAUGAAGUCAUUGGACAAAAUGUAGUCACAGAAUUAGCCAAGUAUCUAACAAGUGAAUCAAAAUUAGAAUUUUUGAAUAAUAGGAGAAUUCUACUCUACCCUAUGGUAAAUCCUUAUGGCUAUUACCAUAAAGUAAGAGAGGAAAUGGGUAAGGAUGCUAAUAGAGAUUUCAAUGUUGACAAUCCGUCUAGCAUCUGUUUUUAGACUAACGCUGCUCGAGGUUUGGCCUAAGUUUAUAACAAGUAUAUUAUCUAAUUAGGGAUCACCUUUCAUGGAGGGGACAAUAGUAUCUCAUAUUCUUGGGGAACAUGUAAUCAUAAAUAAAAUGGAAUGGCUACUGAAUCACCAGAUGAUAGUGCCAUGGAAAUGAUUGCAAGGAUUAUGAAAGACAUUGCUGCUGAAAAUAAUAAUCUAUAAAUUCAACAAUAUAGUAUAGGCAGAAUGACUGAUUUAGUUUAUGAAGUUAAUGGUGGUUACGAAGAUUGGGCAUAUGCUGCUGGAUGGGAUAGAACCAAUACUUGCGGCAAUAGAAAUUCAGAAGAAUAUCUAAAACCAUCCUCUAAUGCUAGAGCGUUGACUUACUUAAUUGAAGCUGGAUUUUUGAAAUAACCUAAAAGUAAUACUUUAGGAACUAUUGAAACUACCAAUCAAAUGCUAUAAAAUUGGCCUCCUCUUCAUUUCUAUGAUUAAAAGCUACUAACUAAAUAUCAAUAAGGUUAUGGUAAUAUUAAUAGAAAUCUCAUGGCUUCUCUAUCUUUAAUUGAUUUAGCUAAACCUUAUCUAAUUGCAAAGUGGGAUGGAGAAAAAGAAAUGAUUCUAAAUUUUGGUGGUUGCUAUUCAGUUACCAAAUUAACUAUCAUAAGAAGUGACAAAAAAAGCAUCAUUUAAGAUUAAAAUACCACAGGAAUUUGGGAUCAGUUUAAUAAGGGUUAUGUACUUCCAAAUAUCACAAAAAAUGAUCUCUUUGAAAUUAGUUAUUAAUGUGAUGUUAAAUAAUUCAAAACUCAAAGAAACCCGGAUCCAAAACUCUAACCUCAAUCAUAUUUUGUACAAAGUAGAAUUAAUGACACUUAUGAGUAUCGGUUUGAUCAAUACUUAGUUCAAAAUACAAAUAAAAUUCUUUAUAGAAUCAAUGUUAGUGAACUCAAUCAUACUAAAAUAAAUUCUCUGUUUGAGACUUAACAAGUCUCUAUUUAUGUUACAACACAAUCCGAGGAUCACUAAGACUAACAAAUCAGUCCAAAUUAAAAUAAUAAUAAAAAGGAACACAUUUGGUGGCUUCUUGCAAUUUUCAUUGUAUUAAGUUUCGUUUUGACUAUAUUACUUUAUAAAUACUGCUCUAAGAAAUAAGAGGAGGAAGUAAUGGAAAUGUAUACAAUUUAAAAUGAAGCUAAAUUAUGA